AUGAAUCCAAAUACCGCAUACGACCCAGAACUGCUGGCGUUGCUACAACAGCGUGCACAGCAGGAACGGCAGUACCAGAACCUGAUAGACCAGGAAAAUAUAAGCUAUCUGAUAGCUCCUCCUGCCGCUAAUAAUAAUAUCCCUAAUAAUGACAUGACGCCCGAUUUUCUCACAUUCAAUCCGGAUGUGAUGAGACCGCCGCCACAGUAUCAGGUGGAUGCCGUUACUAUUAAGAGAGAACCGGUCCCACGUCAUGACUCGUUGCCCUUUGCCGAGAAAGUUGUUGUCAACGAGGAUGAUUCUGAAGAUAUUAAAGCUAAGAAGAAGGCUCAGAAUAGGGCAGCACAAAAGGCAUUUAGAGAAAGGAAAGAGGCCAAGUUGAAAGAGUUGAAAUUGAAAUUGAUUGAAAGUGAAAAAGUACGUAAGACACUCACUCAGGAGAUUGAGAAAUUAAGAAAGGUGAAUUUGGAAAUUACUGCAGAGAAUAAACAGAUCUUAUUACAAACUAAUAGUAAUAUCAAUAGCAUUAAGAGGGCUCUUCAUGAUGUGGGUGCACCCGAGGAUGAGGAUGAGGAUGGCAUGAAUGAGCAAUCUCAUCGAGCACGUUUCCAUCACCAUCAUCAUCAAUCUUCAAAAUUCUCAUUCCCUACAGGUGAUGAAUCCGUCAUUUCUUCAUAUAUGCAUAAUCAAAACCCAUACUACAUUAAUUCACAGAAUGGCGAUGCUUCCCGAACAGAAGAAUUAUUGACAAUACCUGCCACCUGGGAAUACUUACAGAAAGUCUCAGAAGACAGGAAUUUUGAUCAAUAUACAAUAAUGCAGGCGUUAAAGGGAAGUGAAGUUUGCCAUGAAUACGGUCCUGCAUACCCACGGACAUUGAUCGAUAUGUUAAUCGAUAAAUAUUGUACCGAAUAA